CCACGUAAACAUGGCGGACAAGCGACGAACGCGAAAGAGAACAGAGAAGGACAAUGAAAAACCUUGUAGUAAAGAGGAAUAUUCAAUCGCUAAACAUCUACGUUUCAACUGUGCGACUCGAGAUGCCAAAUUUAUUCCUAUGGGAACUGUUGUCAAGACAUUUGUUGCAUCAGAUGCAAUUGAUCUGCUCCUGAAAUCAAAAUGGGCCAAGCCAAGCAAGAGUGAUAUUUUGUUGUCAGAUAGGAAAUCUUGUGAAAAGUUCUGUGAAAGAUUACUACAAAAGGGGUUGUUACACAGAGCAUUAAAGUUAGAGAGACGAAAAGACAAAAUUCUUGAUAAAAAGAAGAAAAAGAAGAAGACAGAAGAGGAAGUAGAGGAAGAAAAGGAUAAAAAGUCCACGAAAAAAGACAAAAAAAGUAAAAAAGACAAAGCAAUAGAGGAGAAAGAAACAGAUGAAAAAGAAGAAGACAAAAGUGAUGACAAAAAUAAACAAGAGGAUAAAAAGGAUGAUGAAAAGAAAAAAGAUGAUGAAAAGAAGAAGAAGGAAAGAAAAUUGAAAGUGGACAUGCAUGAUGACCAGGUGUUCUUAGACGGAAAUGACGUAUAUGUCUGGAUAUAUGAUCCGGUUCCAGCAAAGACCUUUAUUAUUGGUCUGUUAAUGGUGGUUGGUGCGGCUGCCCUGUGCGUAUUCCCCCUGUGGCCUGAUGAGUUAAGAGUGGGUGUAUACUACUGCAGUUUAGCCGGAGCCAGUUUUGUUGGCUUUAUCUUGUUUCUUGUAUUUGUUCGUUUCGUACUGUUUUGUGUCAUCUGGAUUGUGACUGUUGGUAAAGUGCAUCUUUGGUUUUUACCAAAUCUGACAGAAGACGUUGGAUUUUUCGAUUCUUUCAAACCUUUGUAUAAAUUAGACAUCUACAAUGGGAAACAGGAAGAAGAAGAUGAGAAUAGUAAGAAGAAAAAGAAAGAUAAAAAACAGAAAAAAGAAAUGGAGGUGAAAGAAAAACAGGAAGCACAGGACCAGGGCUUUGAAUUGGUUCAAAAAGAAGAUGUAGAGGAAACUUUAGAUGAAAGUGAGAAGAAGUUAUCAGAGGAUGAGAAGGAUGUUGAUGAAGAUGAAGAAAAUAUGGAGGAUGAAGAUGAAGAAAACGAUGAUGAAGAAGAAGAAGAUGUUGAUGAACAUGAAUAUGAAAGUAAAAAGGAUAGAUAAAUUUCAUGACAAGGGGAAAAAUAUUUCAGAACAUUAUAGACAAGUGAAGUUUUCAGUCUGUUUAGGAAACAGUGAUAGUCUAUUGUGUUCAAUAUUAACAAGGCCAGGUAGACUUGUACCUCCAUGAUGGUAAUGUAAAGCAUUAUUACUGGUCUGAACAAUAUCGUGGCAAUUCUAGAUUAUUUGACAUGAAUGGUGUACUGUGUUUGUUAUGAUUUAUUAAACUGUUGUAAAUUCAUGAUAAUCUUUCUGAUGAAGCUAUAUCGUUUAUUUCCUGAAUCUUCUUUUUUUUUUUGAUUUUCAGAGACAUAAGUAAUGUUACAGAAUAUUUCCAAAAAUUAUGUGUACAAGGUACACUGUACUUCAUUUACAAGGUUAAAGACCUCAGCCAAGAAAAAUUUCUGUUAAUGUCUUAGAAACAUGAAAAAGUUCUGUUGAUGUCAUAGAAAGAGGUAAAAUAUCUGUUGAUGUUGUAAAAACAAGAAAAAGUUAUGUUGAUGUUGUGCAAACAAGGUAAAAUUCUGUUACGUUGUAGAAACAGGGACAAGUUCUAAUUACAUCUUAGAAACAAGAAAAAAUUCUAUUGCAAUCAUUGGUUAGUUUUGAAGGAGUUAGAAAAAAACUAAAGCUUUGAUGAAAGAUUAUACAUGUAUAUACCUUAAUACCUGUAUGAAAUCUAUGAAUCAGAGACAGAGCUGUUACCUACAAUAUGUGUGAUUUAGGUACAUAUACACUCUGUUAGUUAAUGAAUAAGUUUAUAUAGAAAUAAACACAGGGCAUCUCUGUGGAUAUUAUACAUCCAAAUAGGUGUAGCUUCCAACACUGGUAAUGUUCAGGUUGGAUGUUUUCGUUACACAGUGUUGAAGGAUGAAAUGCCAUAUAUUUACAUAUUUUUAUGAAAGAGUUGGCGAAAAAUUGAGAUGGUGGGCUCAUAUAGGAGCUUCACUGUAUAUGAAGAAAGGAAAUUCAUUUUCUUUCUGAAUAGGCAAACCGAUUUUUCUAUACUGAUCGACAGGGACCAGAUAAUUGGUCAGAAUUUUUAUUACCUCAAAAAUCGUUUUUAAGAAUUGUCUUUAUUAAGAAUAUCAAGAUUAAUACAUAAAUGAAUAUAUUGAGAAUUACCGUUAAACCUGAAUGAACGAGGCUGAAGAUUGAGGAUUUGUCGGAUGAUCUUGAGGCACAAAAACUGUGUUUAAUUUUGGUCUUGUGCACUCUUUAGUCUGCACUAGUUGUUUGUUGUUGAUCAAUUUUUGAACUGUAAUUAUUUUGUGAAGUAUGGCAGAAAAAAUGACAAGGAUUUAUCUAUUUAAUACCCACAUGUAUCGACAUAUUUGUUUAACAAUGUACCCAGGUGUUCAAGUGUUCCAUUCAUUUACCACUGACUCAUAGUAAGGAUUGACCUUUUAACUGUAAAAUCUUUAAUUUUUGUUGAGGAUUGACUUUUGAUAGGGAAUUUUUUGUUGUUGAUUUUAUGGAUGUUAUUAAUCCAAGAAUUCAUGUGUCCAUGAACUGUUUAAAAGCUUGAUUGAAAUAUGUUUUAGUUAUUUUUGGAGUGAAAACCACAAAAGCUGAGCUCAACGAGCUUUUAUAUCAUUUCAGGACUGAAAUUUUGGUGACAGUUUUCGCCUGCAAUAAG